GUCCACUUACACCACCCCAUCCAUCAUAUCCUUGCCAUUUAUUUCCAGACAUGGAUGAGUUCCUUUGAUUUGUUUAUAUGCUUGUUUACUGCUUUCCCACUGUGUAAGAGUAUCAAGGCCCUCCUCUUCCAUCUCCUCCCCCAUCAUGUGUCCUCAGAGAAGUGAGAAAGUUAUUGAAGGGGAGAAGCAGGAAGCAAUGGAGGAGGAAGAGGAGGAGGCAAAGGUGAGUGAUGUGAGCCUCAAAGGGCUUUCCAAGAAGCUCGACGAGUUUGCCAAGGAAAGGGACUGGGAGCAGUAUCACAGCCCAAGGAAUCUGCUGCUUGCCAUGGUUGGGGAGGUGGGCGAGCUAGCAGAAAUAUUCAUGUGGAGGGGCGAGGUGGCGAAGGGCCUGCCGAACUGGGAGGAGUCGGACAAGGAGCAUCUCGGAGAGGAGCUUUCCGACGUGCUGCUGUACCUAAUACGUCUGUCCGAUAUCUGCGGCAUCGACCUCGGUGAAGCAGCCACCAAGAAGAUGGUCAAGAAUGCUAUCAAGUACCCUCCGAAGGCUACUUGAGCUUGGUUGCUCUGUUUCUUCUUCGGUUCGCUGGUUGCUGACUGCAUGAAAGAGUUUGAUGCAACGUGUGACUGUUCCUUGAAGCUAUCAAUUAUGUGGAUUUGAUACAUUAAAUAUCUUUAAGUAUUUUAGUUUCGAUUUC